CAGGAAGUACACUGUGUGUGUUAAGCCACUGAGAUUUGAGGGUUGUUAACAACUGUAGCCGAAGCCUCACCCCCCCCCCCGACUGGUAAACCUGGUGAACCACAGCUCAAGAGCCCCGGCCUCCGGGAGCCCCAGCUCAGCUCAGGCUCCCAGCCCACACUUCUGCAGUGUCCUGCGAGGCCAUCAUCAUCAUCAUCAUCAUCAUUUUCUAUCAUUCCUUGACUGCUGUCUAAAUGCUUCACACAUACUGUAUCUCAUCUAAUCCUGAUAGUCACCCUCUGGGGUAGUGUUCCCAUUUCACAGACCAGGAAACUGAGGUUCGGAGAGGUUAAGUGUCUGGCUUGGUGGCCCCACUGCUGAGGGCCGUCUGUCCAAGCCCGCACGCCUCACCACCGCUGGGCCCUUCCUUGUCUACUUUGGUGCCCCCAGCCAGAGCUCGGCACAGGCGCCAGCACACAGUAGGUGCUGGCGGGAUUUCCUGAGUGAAUACCUAAAUUAUGCCCCGCUUUCUGACCUUCCUUUUCUGCAGUGGAGCCUCGGUGGGAGGUGGCGCUAGGUGCUGGGGCACGAGGCAAGUUGCGCCCAGAAAUAUCCCCUCCUGAAUUCUCCCUCCGGAGCAGACGGCUCCAGGCGUCUUCCCUCAACUCCAGCUGCGGAACACCUGUGUGACGGAGCCUCUUCUUUUUCUUUUUGAAAGAAAACUAAAGAAGGAUGGGCCGGGCACAGUCAUCCUCGCCUGCCUCCACCCUCAGCGCAAAGGCUUCGGUUUGACCCCGGGGACUCUGGCAUCCGAGCCCAUGGGUCCCCUGCUGCCACCACUUCUGUCUAGGGGAGAGGGCAGAGGGCACCCAGUGGGGGCGCAGGAGCAAGGGUGGAGAGGGGAGCUCGCAGGCGGCUCUGGAAGCCUCUGUUGGCGACACAUUCAGCACAAGGGAGCCGUUAUGCUGACCGCCUUCCUUCCUGGGCAAAAUGAAAAGUGCACCAAAGGUUGUUCCUCAGUCAUCUGCCAAAUGAGACCCACUGAGACUCACGCGUGCAAAUCCAAUGAAACACUUUCCGUGUGGGCCCAAGCCAAGCGUCACCCCUCCUGGAUCCACCACAUCCAAACCCGGCACCCGCAGGCCGGGCCAGCCACAGAGACGCUGUCACCAUUCACCUCCGACUUCAGACCCUUUGAGGCUCACGUGUCCCCUGCCCUUAUGUGCUUAUGUGGUCAUUUUUCCAUCAGCUUCCAAAAUUCCCGCAGCGUCUCCAAGACAGCGGCCUGUGCGGCAACCCUGGGAGGAGCCCAAGGUUUAUCUGGCCUGGCUGCACCAGCGCUGUCCUGGGCACUGAGGUUACAGCCGCCAACACACCAGCCUGCACCCCUGUGCAGAGAAGUCGCCUUCCAGAGUAAGUCACACGUGUGGCACGCGGGAAGGAGGAAGGGGGAGGACGAGGGAGAAGAGCUGGAGGCAGUGAGCACAGUGCCCUCUGGGAGUCCUCCGUGGGGGGCGGGGUGGAUUAGACGGAAGGGACCUGGGGUCACAGGGCGAGUUUGUUUUACAAGGAGAAAGUCCAGGUGUGUUUGGACAUGGAGGGGCAUGAACCGUGAGGGCGGAAAACCUUGCUGCAGGAGAAGGAGGCGGCAAUUGCUAGAGCCGCAUCUCUCCGAGCAGGUGAGGAGCGGGGUCUGGCCCACCUCCCGCCCAGGCCGCGUCCACACUACUGGAGAGUCCGCGGAAUGGGAAUGACUUUCCCCUUCUCUCUCUUUCUCCCCACUUCCCUCCCUCCCUCCCUCUCUCCCUCUCUGAUUGAUGGAACUAAGGAAGACGGUCCGCGCACGGGGUUGAGGACAGGGCCUGGCCUGCGUAAGGGGUGCGCGGUCCCGCGGUGCUGUCUGUCAGCACCUCCAGGAGGCGAGUGAGCAGGAGCCGCCCGGCUCCAAGGUCCCCCUGGAACACAGACCCCGCGUCCAUCUGUGCGCCGGCUGAGGUCGUACCGGGCUGCGUGUGUCUCUCCUGCUAAUUUUGUGUGUUCCCAAAGUCAGCCUGGUCUGGUGGCCCCGUCACGGCAGACCUGGUUCGAGUCUUAGCUUUCCUACUUAAUGUCACCUGCUGUCAGGGCCUCGAUUUCUUCAUCUCUCAACUAGGGGCCAAACGGCACCUACCUCCUGGGCUGCAAGGGGAGGCUUGGUUGGCACUGUCCCGGGCACACCACGAGUGCCAGCCAAUGGCAGUUGUUUCUCGUAGCCAACCCCCACCCCGGCCAGCGGCUAGUCAGCCCCUCCAGGACGCAGGUCCAGGGCCUUCCUAGUUUCCUUUGUUUUCUCCCAAACACGUCCCCGUGCCUGGCCAAGUACGCCCACGCAGUCGUAUUCUGCAAAAUGUGUGUUGAAUGCGUCUAAAGGCACCCGGGAGCAGAGGGCCGGAUUGUCUCCCCUCCGUCUCUUCCCCAGAAAUCAGAGUUGGAAGCCACCUCCCACAUCGCUAGUAGAAUAAACCCGGCAAACAGCCACUCUCAGCCACUUCCUCCCACAAACCCACGUGCACCAGACACAUUCCCCAGAACAAUAGGAGGAAAUGAGGGGGCACCAAACACGCCAAUCUGCUGCGUUCUUCACGGGCCUGGCGUUUGGGGUGCCUGGGGGGGGAGGAGGCCCAGAGGGCAGGCCGGCAGUGCUGGCAGUGGAGCAAACGGGAAAUGGGGGUGUGUGUGUCUCUGUGUGUGUGUCUGUGUGUGGUGUGUG